GGGUAAGAACUAUUGUGAUACCAUAUCCUAGUAUAUUCGAUAUUCUAUGUUUCCAUUCAUUUUAGUUUGAACAUGUCAAAUUUGACAACAUAUUUGAAUGCUUCAAAAUGUGCUGCUGCUUGGAUACAACUAGGAGGACUCAGUAUUGAUGAGUGUGUAAUUAUUAUUGACUUAUUACUUGACUUAACCUGUUUUGUUUACUGGAAUAAAACAGAUCCUGAUGGUUUUAAUGCCUGAAGAAAUGGAUGUAAUGGAAACUGCAGUUGAAGCACUCACUGCUAUUAUACAACAUCCCCAUACACAUAGAUACAAAAACAAUGUAACAAAAUAUGCCGCCAAUAUUUGUAUAAAUUUGAUAAAAUACUGGCCGCAGAAAGAAGUUUACCAGAACUGAACAAGGACGUUGUGGCUAUACUUUAUGGAUUAAUUAUUACUAUUGCGGACUCACAUUCAAAAAUAUUUAUAGAAAAUUUGAAAUCUCAGAACCAGGAAGAGCAGCGUAUUGCAUUUGAUUUAUUGAAUUCAAUUUUGAAGUGCACCAACCUACCCGGAUUGUACCCUGUAGAUGAAUCAAGCAGUACCUUAACUUUUGGGUUUUGGUAUACCUUACAGG